CGCCACGAGUUAACUCUUUCCGACCUGCACCGACAGAAUCGGCCUACUCCGAGAGGGCGAGCCGUGGCCACUCCGCAGCGGCCCCCAGCACGCCGCAGCUCCGCCAGUUCCGUCCCGGCAUCCUUUGCGCUGCGCCGCCGCCCAGCCCAGCGGGGAGCCGGGCGUCACUCCCCGCCUGCAACCGGGCAUUGCUAUGGCAACGCAGCUGCCCCAGCUAUGUCGCUGCAGCCCGCCCCUCCGUCGCGGGUGUUCAUGGAACUGGUUCCCUGGGCUAACCUGGGCCGGGAAAACAACCCGAUCUCGGCCUUGGAGGCGCAGCCCGUCGGCAGCCGUCCCCACGCCGCCAAGGCCCACCCCGGAGCCCGCGAGGUCCACGUGAGCGGCGCGGCCGAGGUGUCCGCCAGCCCCGACCGGGCGCAGGUGGCCGUGCGGGUGAGCAGCACCAAGGAGGCUGCAGCUGAGGCCAAGAAGAGUGUGUGCCGCCGCCUGGACUACAUCACGCAGAGCCUCCAGCAGCAGGGUCUUCAGGCAGAAAAUGUAACCGUGACAAAGGAUAUUAGAAGAGUAGAAAAUGCUUAUCACAUGGAAGCCGAGGUCUGCAUUACAUUUACUGAAUUUGGAAAAAUGCAAAAUAUUUGUAACUUUCUGGUUGAAAAGCUAGAUAGCUCUGUUGUCAUCAGCCCACCUGAGUUCUAUCACACUUCUGGUUCCAUUGAGAAUCUUCGGCGGCAAGCCUGUCUUGUUGCUGUUGAGAAUGCAUGGCGCAAAGCUCAAGAAGUCUGUGACCUUGUUGGCCAAACUCUGGGAAAACCUUUACUAAUCAAAGAAGAAGAAACAAAAGAAUGGGAAGGUCAAAUCGAUGAUCAUCAGAUAUCCAGACUGCCGGGUUCAUUAACUGUACAGCAAAAAAUUAAAAGUGCAACAAUGCAUGCAGCUUCGAAAGUGUUUAUUACUUUUGAGGUAAAAGGGAAAGAGAAGAAAAAAAAGCAUCUUUAAAAUUCCAACCAAAACAUACUGUAUUUGUAUUUUUAAAUGUGUUUUUAUACAUUUUAUAGUGCUUAUUUCUGUCCAGAACAUACAUAUUGUAUGGUAUACUGAUUCUCUAUAAAAUCUGCCACUUUAUGAACAUAAUCCCACAGAAUAAUUAUGUUCACUUUCUAGUUUCCAAAACAUUCUGAGAAAAAUUGUGAGAAAUAAAUGUAUUAAAACACACUUUUGCAUACUAACAAUUUAUAUAUUGAAAAUAAAAUAAAAUCAGCUGAUGUUUUAUUUGUCCAGUUGUAUAGAAAUACAGAAUCUGAGCUGCUUAUCAAGAAAAAAAUUGUUUAUGUUGCAUAAAAAUGUUUUCAACUUCA